CUCAAUACGGUGCUAGCUGUCAGUGGCUCUUUAAAACCCCAACAAGAAUCCGCGUCUGCUUGACUGUGGCUGCUGCAAGAGGCCAGGCAGUGGCCGUGGCUCACCACCACACUUACCUGAAGUAACAAGGACAGUGGCAAGACCAGGGACCCACGCAAAAUGUGUGAACAAGGGGAGAACUCUGCUGCCUCCAGCUCCAAGAAGGGUGGUCUUGUUUCCUUUCUCACUGGUAAACCCAUCGAGAUUCCGAAAAAGCAUUUGUUUGGAAUAUGCAGGUUUGUAGGAGAAUUUGAAAAACUUAAUCGUGUUGGAGAAGGCACAUACGGUGUUGUUUAUCGUGCACGAGAUACAAAAACCAAUGAAAUUGUGGCUCUCAAAAAAAUGCGCAUGGAAAAAGAAAAGGAUGGGAUGCCGAUAUCUGGUCUGCGGGAGAUAAUGUUGCUGCAGUCGUGUAAUCAUCCCAAUAUUGUGUGCCUGAAGGAGGUGGUUGUUGGGCGUAGCUUGGAAAGUAUUUUCCUGGUAAUGGAGUAUUGUGAGCAGGACUUGGCAAGUUUACUGGACAACAUGCAGACACCAUUUAUGGAAGCUCAAGUCAAGUGUAUAAUGAUACAGGUAUUCAAGGGUCUUGCAUAUCUUCACAAAAAAGAGAUUGUUCAUCGCGAUGUGAAGGUGUCCAAUCUUCUUUUAACAAAUAUGGGAACAAUAAAAAUAGCCGACUUUGGAUUGGCUCGCGAAUUGGGACAUCCAAUGUCUCCAAUGACACCACAGGUGGUAACAUUGUGGUACAGGGCUCCUGAGCUGCUCUUCCAGGCAAAGACACAGACAACAGGUGUGGACAUGUGGGCAGCUGGUUGUAUUCUGGGGGAACUCCUGUUGCACAAGCCACUGUUGCCUGGGAAGUCUGAAAUUGAACAGAUUAACCUCAUUAUUAAUCUCUUAGGUACACCAAAUGACACCAUCUGGCCUGACUUCUCUCAGUUGGCAGCAAUUGAGAACUUCACAUUGAAAUCUCAACCAUACAAUAAUCUGAAGACUAAGUUCCCAGUACUAUCACCAUCUGGACAACGUCUGCUCAACUUUCUUUUCAUGUAUGACCCCAAGAGACGGGCUACUGCAGAGGAGUGCCUCAAGAGCUCCUAUUUUAAAGAGAAUCCGUUACCAUGUGAUCCACGGAUGAUGCCAACGUUCCCUCAGCAUCGCAAUCUUAAGCAACAGCCAGUAGUGCCACCUGCACCAGCAGCACCUAACUUAACUGAAGUACCUACAGGACCGCCAGUAAAUUUGUUUCCACCAGAGCGGCUUGAAUCUGAGCCUGUAUCCAGUGGCAAAAUUGGCAUUAGUGAGCUAUUAAACUCUCUUCAGAGAAGAUAGCAUCUUAAACCAUCUGUAAAUUAAGAGAUUUUCAUUAUUUACUGUUGGGUUAGUACAAUGCAUCGUUAAAGGGCAACAAAUUAAAUUUUCUUUCAUAUAAAUCUUUUUUUAAUUGUAUAAUAUAAAAAUUUAGGUAUGACUAUGUUUCUAAUUUGUUACAAGGUAAAUGUUCAUAAUUAAUUUUAUGAUUGAACCCACAUUCUAAUAAACAAUAUAUUAAUA